CAGAGCUCUCUACACAGACCUGGCCAGUGUGAGAAACAUGACAGAGAACCAGAAGGUACAGGCGAUCCUACCUGGAGUAUACUCUAUCUGGGGUUGGAUCGGCCUUUUCCGAGACUCCUGGAAGUGGUCAGAUGGAAGUACCUCCUCAUUCAGCUUCUGGAAGAACGGCCAACCUGAUAACAACAACGAGACUUACGUGGCUGCAGACUUCAGCCAAUCAGGAGCCUGGGAGGACUGGUCCUGUGACAUGGAGAGAGCGUUCAUUUGCUACGGUCCAGUGGUUCCUGUUGCAAAGAAAGUGCUGAAAGUGAAGUUUGAGAACAAGAAGAAUCUGGAUCUGAAUGACCCUGCUGUGAUGGAGGCCAUGUUGAAGCAGCUGAAACAGAAGCUGAGGGCCCAGGGGCUGGACGACAACAUCAAACUGAGCUGGAGGAAGCAGGCCGAUGGAAAAGUCUUCCACAAGGAAGACAAGAAGACCAACAAGAGGAGGAGGAAGAGGAAGGAGCUGUAAUGUUGAGUUGCUGCG